UAAUGCCCUUCUGAACUACUGACUGUUUCACCGGACACAUGGUUACACUUCUGCGCUGCCGGGUUGUUUAAGAGAGGAUCGAUCCGGAUUCAGCUGUCCUGCUUGCACUCCUAUUCAGUAGUUGGCGUUGUCGUGCAUCUCGUUUGUUGUGAAAUUUCUCUAGUCACCGAAGAAGAAUGUGGAACGCGUCAUUGGUGAGCUAGGAAGAAUCUUUGGAAAUAUAAAAUGACUGUCGUCUCAUUUGUCCCGUGUCACUGUUAAAGAACAGCCGACUAAACAUCAGGAAAGACUUUCGGCUUCUGUCGAAGACCUGCGGGGCUUUGGCUGGACCAUGUCCCAGUUGUGCGUGGUUUUCGGAGGCUCUCGGGGCAUCGGCCGGGCGGUCGCUGCUCUCCUGGCCGAAAAGGGCCAGAGAGUUGUUGUCGUUUCCCGAAACCUGGACGCCGCCCGUGCGGCUGCCGCAUCCCUUCCUGGCGCGGAUCACGUUGGCCUGAACUGUGACGUCUCCAGUGAGCUGGACGUGCAGAGGACCUUUGAGCAGAUCCUCCGUGAGUGUGGGAACGUGGAUUACCUGGUCAAUGCGUCUGGCAUCAAUAGGGACGCUCUGCUCGCUCGGACCAGACCAGAAGACAUGGUGUCCAUCCUCCACACCAACCUGCUGGGCACGAUGCUCACCUGCCGGGCUUCACUAAGGAGCAUGAUCCAGAAUCGGGGUGGAGCCAUUGUCAACAUCGGGUCGGUAGUCGGUCUCAAGGGUAACGUGGGCCAGACUGUCUACAGUGCCAGCAAGGCUGGUCUCCAGGGCUUCACGCUGUCUCUGGCCAAGGAAGUGGCACCACGCAACAUCCGUGUCAAUCUCGUGGCCCCGGGCUUGAUCCGCACGGACAUGACAGCAGCUCUGGAUGAGGAUGUGCUGAAAGGGGCUGUCCCCCUGGGCCGCUUCGGGGAGCCCAGGGAGGUGGCGCACGCCGUUCACUUCCUGCUGGAAACACCCUACGUCACUGGCCAGGUGCUGCUGGUAGAUGGUGGGCUGAGACUGGCCUCGUAGGGCACGCCCACUGCUGGCGUUGUCGCGUUCCACAUUAAAUAGGACUGACGAACUGAUGGAAUCUGUUUAUGGGGCUCAUGAGUUCACUUAAGAAUCGGCCUCAAACACCUGGGUUAUUUUGUCAUUGAACUCAGCUGCUGUUAUCAGAUCUGCAGUAUUAAUGUAUUGGUUUCCGGUUUGUGUCCUACAGCAGCCUUCUGGUGCUGGUAGACACACUUCAUCCACCUGACAGGUUCAAUCAUUAAACUUAUUAAAUGUAAA